GUUUUUACACGUAGGUAGUUUAAUCAUAAUCUUCGAACUGCAGUGUGCAUAAUAAUUAUUGCGUUUGUUUAGAAACCUAUACCUAUAUAGUUGGUACUUACCUAUAUUUGGCUAUAUACACAUAAUAUCCUAUAUCGAUGAGUCGAAGCCUCUAAGGUCAGGUGUAUAAGUAUUUGUGCUAUAAACGUUUUCGCCGAUAUGGAAAGGUGGAGCGAUAGAGUAGCCAUCGUGACCGGAGUAAGCAGCGGCAUAGGAAGAGCCAUUACCGUAGCUCUGUUAAAAAGCGGCAUGGUCGUCGUCGGUAUUGCCAGACGAGAAGAUCUCUUGAAGAAACUAAGUGAAGAAGUCGAUAGUUAUCGAGGGAAGUUCUAUUACAAAUCAUUUGAUAUCAGAAAUGAGAAACACAUAACCGAAUGCAUUCAGUGGACUGUCACAACCUGUGGAAGUAUCGACGUGUUGAUUAACAAUGCUGGAGUCUAUGAUGAAACUAAACUAGUUGAUGAAUCGAUGGACCACGGGAAAAUGAUUAUGGAGACAAAUUAUUUGGCCGGAUGUAUUUUCACUAAAGAAGUAAUAAACGAGAUGAAGUUGAAGGGUAUUGACGAUGGACACAUUAUCAAUAUAAAUAGCGUGGCGGGCCAUUACAGGGCUGAACCAAUAAAAGCACUUAUUCAUAAUGCCAGCAAACACUGUAUAACAUUAACAACGGACAGUAUUAGAAGGAUGUUGGUUAACGAGGGGAGUAAAAUUAAAAUAACGAGUUUAAGUCCCGGAGUGACAAUUAAAGAGUCAACAGAACAACAAUUGAAAUCAAUCCCUGAUAUGACAUAUCUAGAAACUGAAGAUAUUGCUAAUGCCGUACUUUACAUUUUAGGAACACCACCAAAUGUUCAAGUAUGUGAAUUGACAAUCAGAUCUGUUGGAGAAACCAUGUAUUAAUAUUUGAAGACAACCAUCAAUAUUAUUGAAUUGAAAUAAAAUACAAAAAAAUCUUUAAUUACCUACCAAA